AUGGUAGAACGAUUUAAUCAGACGUUGGAGAGGUACCUAGCAAAAGUUGUGGAAAAACGGCAACGAGACUGGGACAGGGACAUACAACCGUUUUUGUUGUCAUAUCGAAGCAAUGUUCACGAAAGUACAUCAGUGACACCAGCUUUCGCAAACUUUGGGAGAGAAUUACGACUGCCUGCAGACCUGAUCACUGGAAUACCACAUGAUGCCCCACGCAGUAUAACCGAUUAUGCAAAUGACUUGCGGAACAAAAUGAAUGACAUUUAUGAGCACGUCAGACAGUCGGGCCAGCAAACGUCUGAGAGGAUGAAAAUACGGUAUGACCGCAAAAUGAACAACAAAGGGUUUGACGAAGGUUCACUAAUGUGGUUUAACAAUCCAGUUCGCAGCAAAGGGAAAUCUCCUAAGCUUACAAAUGGGACGGACCGUACCGGAUUGUGGCAAGGAUCAAUGACGUAG